AUGUCUGGGAUCCGUACUUGGUUCAGAUCCUGGGUCUCUGGGGAGAGCCGCUCACCAUCUGAGAAGAAUGUACAUGUUGUUGUCACAGAAUCCUUAUUACUUGAGUUGGAAACUCAGUUAAAGGAAUUGGAACUUCACUACUGGGAAUUAGAGCAAAAAGAACGACGGCAACAGACAGGUGUCGACUACAGCUGGUUGGUCAGUAACAGCACCCGCUCAUUCCAAAUUCCACCAGUGGAACACUCCCAGCUCGUUUUGAUUUGCCAACAAGUCCAACCAGAAGAAUGUAGCAGAAUCAUCAAACUCUUUCGGGAUGCCUUGUUGCGCAUGCCACACCUUAAUGAGGUGACUGGUAUAUUUAAAGCUGUUAUUACACAGGUGAUCCAGCAACGUCCCAAAGAAGAAACAUUUACAGAAUGGUUUACAAGUAAGACAGUCAGCAUUCUAAACAAUGUCAAGUACACUCGUCCAAGCCCACGUAUAUCACCCAUCAGUGACAUAAUAGAUAUAGAACGGCAAGACAAGGAGACUUACCCACUUAAUUCGCUAGACACGGUAAUGUAUUAUAAGAACGGCACAGAUGACAUAAGUAGCCUCAGUCAGAAAAAGUCAUCUCCGUUUAUAUGA